CGCGUUAACGCCAGGGCCCUUUGUGAAUGAUCUGGUUUCUGCUGUCAGUGCAGUUUUCCCAGUCUCUGAUAGCUAGCUAGACCAGAGAAGGAGAAAACUUGGCAUGGCCAGAAGAGAGAGUCCAGAAAUUAAAAAACUGCGGUUUAACCUGAGAAGCCCUGGCGUGAGGAGAGACGACGGAUGGCAACUGGAGGCGGUGCAGAGGGUAAUUUCCCUGGGUACAAGCGGAUGUGAUAUGUCACCACUCUUUCCAGAGAUGAUCAUGGCUGGAGCUACAACGAACCUGGUCCAAAAGAAGCUGGUAUACCUAUACCUGACGAUGUAUGCUGAGUCAAACUCUGAGCUAGCCCUGCUCACAGUGAACACACUGCACAAGGACUGUCAAGAUUGCAACCCGGUCAUCAGGAGUCUUGCUCUCAGGGCACUCACCUCUCUCAAGGUGGUGAGUGUGUUACAGUUAAUGUUAGAGUGUGUGGAGACAGGACUAAGGGACACUAGCGCUCUAGUGAGGAGGGCUGCAGUCAUGGCCGUACUCAAACUGUUUCAUCUGGAUCAGCAGCUCGUGCUCAAAAACAAUUUGGUGAGUGUCCUGUACCAGUUGCUAAAGGAUAAUGACCCUCAGGUGGUCUCCAACAUUCUGUGUGUGCUCACUGAAGUUCUGGCAGGUGAGGGAGGAAUGGUAGUCACUAUUGGACUGGCUCAUCACCUUUUGAACAGGCUGAGUGACUUCAGUGAGUGGGGCAGCUGUCUGGUCCUCCGUCUUCUCCGCUCCUACCAUCCCUCCUCUGAGCAGGAGCUAUUGGAUAUACUGAAUGUGCUCGACAGUUAUCUCAGCCACAGCAACAGUGGAGUGGUGCUAGAAACAGUAGCUCUCUUCCUGCACUUGACUACAAACCACCCAAUACUGGAAAGAGAUGUCCACCACAGAAUCAAAGCUCCACUGCUUACACUCCUCGGUUCCCAAUGUCCUGAGCUGACGUACACCUGCCUCCAGCACAUCCAGCUGCUUUUGCAGGGUCAUCGCUACCUCUGGAGCAGGGACUACAAGAGCUUUUUUUGUAGGUGCAGUGACUACUCAUACAUCAAGUGUAAGAAGAUGGACUUACUGUCUGAUAUCUGCACUGCCGCAACCACCUCAGUCAUCCUCAAUGAGCUCAUUGAGUGUGCGGCUGAUGGAUGUGUAAUGGUUUCUACCUCAGCUAUCAAAGCAAUUGCCUCUAUUGGUAUAAGGUUGGCUCUCUCGACUGAGCUGUGUGUGCGUAGGUUGUUGCAACUUCUCGACUUUGACAGAGGUCAUGUGGUCUCUGAAACACUAGUAGCACUGUCUAAGAUUGCACUCUCGUGUAACACCGUGGUUGCUAUGAUUCUACCCUACCUCCCAUCAUCAGUGUUGAAUGUGAGUGAGCCUGAGGGCAAAGCUGCUCUUAUCUGGAUGCUGGGGGAGUACGGUAAGGAUUUGCACAACGCUUUGUAUACGCUGGAAGAGGUAAUCAAUCACAUCUCCCAUGAGCCGUCUAUUGUCAGGUGUCAGCUCAUUACUUCAGUCACCAAGCUGUUUUUCAAGAGAGCUCCAGAGUGUCAGGAAAUGCUGGGGAAACUUCUAGAACAUUGUAUCUAUACUGAUCUUGAUGCAAAUGUGAGAGACCGAGCUUUACUGUAUUAUCGGAUGCUUCAGUUGGAUGUUUGUCAUGCAGAGAGAGUUGUCAAUUGUGGAGGCAUUGUUUCCAUAAGUUCUACUUUGCGUCAACAUAGCAAUCCAUUGCUGUGUGAGUUCAACACGCUAGCAGUGACUAAUGGAGUGGCCUCAGCUACAUUCAUUUCUCAAGAGUGUCCCUACUCAAAAUCUUGUGGACCUUCAUCAAAAGAGAAUGCUCUGCAUUGGGCCUCCGGGACUAUUACUGGAAACAAUGAGAAAUUGUCAUUUCCCGAAAAUAGUCUUAAAAACUCCUUGAAUGUGAUGGAAAAUGUCAAAUUCAGUGACAAUGCUGAAAGCCACACUAUUUGUAUUCUGGCUUUAGACCCUCUAGCUGAGAUGUCUGCAGGAAAUUUUGAGGCAAUGUGGUUGGAAAUUUCACCAAUAAGAGAGUUUAAUGUUGAACUUUCCAUUGUGCCCACUUCUAAAGAGUUGACAAAGCUUCUACAGACACAGUGUAUCAAAACGAUGGCCUCAAGCUUGAGGAACAGUCCUGUCAUCAUAGAGUACUUCUAUGCUCAAAAUGUAUCAACCAAGCAUUUCUUUUUGGUUGAAAUCUGUAUUGCUGUGGAAACUUCAGUUUUGUCGUUCACUUUGAAGUGUCAAAACAACAAGGAAGCUACAUCAUUUGUGAAACUCUUCUUCCAGACUUUGGGAUCAUUCAGAAAUCAAUUGCCUAAGAUUCGGUGGAGAAGGUGUGAAGACCUGCCCACCUGUGUGAAAAACAUUAAGGGGGUUUUCUUUAAAGAAAACCUUUAUCUUGGUGGGGGUUACACAGGAAGUUCAAAAGCUGAUGCAGUCGUUUACAUGUAUAGCCCAAAGCUUGACAUGUGGAAACUUUUACCACCUAGUCCACUCAAGUGGUUUUCUAUAGUGGACCUAAACUCUCACAUAGUUCUGGUAGGAGGUAAAGAAACUCUUACUCAGUCACUCUCAUUGGAGUUUACUAAUAAAGUGGCCUCGUGGGAUCAGGAAAUUUCACAAUGGAAGUUUUCACUUCCGCCAAUGCUUAACAGGCGUGUGUCGCCAAUCGCUAUAUCAUAUGACAGAAAUCUAAUUGUGGCAGGAGGUAACAAGGGUGUGCUAGAUUUUAAUAUCGAAAUCUUAAAUGCAGAAAACCAACAAUGGCAGAAUGUAUCACAAUUACCUUUAAGCUGUACUUCAUUGAACACUGUCUGGAAUGAACAUUGGUAUUUUUAUAGAGAGUGUGAUCACACAGUGAUUCGAAUAAGUCUGAGUAGUCUAACCGCUUGUGCUAAAGAACAAGAACAGAAGACAUUGGAAUAUGGGACAGAUUCAGGCUACAACUUAAUGUCCUACUCUCUAGGCAGUCGAAAUAGCGAGCCUAUUAAAAAUGCAUCAACUACGAUUACAGAAUGGGAAAUCUACAGUCAUCUAUCAUUUACCCCAAUACAAAUCUGUACCAUUCAAAAUUAUUUGGUUGCGAUCAGUAAUGAGUGCAGCCCAAAGAAAGAACUUUCAGCAUUUGCAUACGUACCAGAAAGCAACAGCUGGACGAAUGUAGGUAGAAUGCCUGAAGAAUGUUCGACAUCGUCUUUCGUAUUGACUAACUCUGGAGACCUGUUCCUUGUUGGUGGAGAUUCAAAUUCUUCCACUGGUAGUCAAUACAGUAACAAACUGUUAAUGGUAACGAUUGUUGCGGAAAAUAUAUAAGUCACUGCGUUUGAAAUUCACUUAAGUCUUGUGCGUCAUCUUUCAGGUUACCUUUGUAUAUUUGUGCGCAAUAAUAUUAUAGCAACUUACUUUCUUAUUAAGUUAACUAUUAUUGAAAAUUGUCUUUAAUAUUAAGUUUUACUGUGUGUACAAUUGUAUAGAGGUGUCAAUACAAUUGUUAUGCAUUGAGGCGUAGCUGCAUGAGGGAUACGGUAAAGCUGAUUGUGUGUGUGUGUGUCUGUUCCAGCCGUAACUGCUCAACGGUUGCAAUGUGACGAAAACUAACAGCUUCUAUAGGCUUUCUCUUGGAUUUGAUUUGUGGAUUUGCAAACUAAGCUUCUUUUUGACUCACAGUGAAGGCUGUUGCAGAAUCAGCAUCAUCUGUUCGCACAAACUUUCUAUUCAACGUACGAGUUAGCUUUGCACUAAAGCGCUAGCUGUUUGUGAACUACAAUAGUCAGGAAAGAGCUGCAAAGCUGCGUGCAUGUACACUCAGCAGCCCUUGUGAACUCUGACCUCAUUGCAGAUUCACCCCUUUUUAAUUUUUCAUUGACUAAAAUACUUAUUAAAACUUCUACAUUUAUUGUUGAUCUACAUGCCUCUAUCCUUUCAUCGAGCCACCAAGACUUUGUUUCCGUUAAGCUCAGCUCCUCUUCUGAUGACUUCGAAGGUUCAUUGUCAACAAUUGCAUAAUAAUUACAUAUACAAAUUACGUUUUGUAUAGCACUCUUGGGCGCGAAAGCAAAACAUGGCGAUAAACACAGCGCAGCUUGCACCACUCGUUCUACAGUAGUAAUUCUUUUAAGUAUAAUAAAUUAUUAUGGCUAAUAAAAUAGCAAGUAAACCCAAAGUACCCUAGGCCUGCACUGCAUAUAGCAUUGCGUAAUUCACAUUCAUCAGCUUCCUUCCUUGUCAGUGUUUGCAUAGUAAGUGUUACUGCAUAGUAAGUGUUACUUCAGAAUAUUGAUAACCAGGGAAUUUUAAUGUCUAAUCAGACGGAAGGAAAUAAUUAAUGAGUCAUCAUUAAUAGGUUUUUUUUGACAGUUUAUGCUAAUUAAUGUCACCAGUGACACACUCAGUUUGAUGCAAGCAUGUAGAUCUAGUGGGUGAAAGCAAACUUUUUAGUACAAUUUCUGCGCGGAAAUUUUCCUGGAAUUCAUUGAGGUAAUCAGUUGUAGGGAAAGAUGUUGUGUGGGUACACAAUCAUAUGAUUGCAUGUAAGCUAUUUUAUACAGCAUAUAGGCUUGCAUUUGAGUAUAUAAACAGAACGUUCAGCUAAAGAAUUCCAAAAUAACUCAGCAAAUCAAUUAUCCGAAAUACAAGAAAUACAAGAAAUACAAGAUGUGUUAUCUGAUUUACCUGCUUGUGCUUUCCUCUAUAUACUGCAUACUGGGAUCACCUAUUGCACAAGACUGCAAUCGCGUCAUUGUCAAUGAAAGAGGCAGGCGGUCACUUGUCGGCGGUUAUAGAGAUCACAUUUCAGUAGGAUUGGGGAGGGAGUGCUUCGAGAGUAUCAGUGAUUUGCGUGUGGAUGAAAAUUCUGUGAGAUGUUUCAAAUGGAGACUGAGAACUAGCGGAAAUGUUCAACUCAACGAACGAGGAGAAGUACACACAAAAAAUCUCACUGUUUCUACUUGUAACUCGGUUACGUUACGUUCUCCUGGAUUUUACAACAGUAACAAGAAGCAUUACUCAAACAACAUGUUUUGUGUAUACAAUAUUAGCAUGCAGGACUGCAACCAUAUCACUGUUAGAUCUACGUCUGAUGAACACAGCUUGUUUGACGACGGGAGAGAUUAUCUGUAUUUCGACUUUGGUCAGGUCACCACCACAGUGACUGGUGACAGUAUCAGUUCUUUCAGUGAGAGUGUCCCCACCUCUUCAUUCUAUGCAGUUCUGUGGAGUGAUGCUGAGAAAUUCACAAGUGCAGGAAAGUUUGAGUUUGAGGCUAUGUGCAAUGACCCUGUUGCAGAUACAGAGAAUGGUUCAGGGUACCAACACAUUUGAACAUUAAUUUUGACUCUUUUAUACUGUUACAUAGUAGUCUAAUCAAUUCAGUCAACAAAUUAAUGUUUUAUUGCCUCACCUGAUAAGAUAUUGUUGAAUCCAUGCUUUACAUUACUUGAAUAUUCUGCAUGCAUAGACUUAGGAAGUAACACAUGUACUUUUUUUAAUGAAGCAACCAUGCAUGAUGUCGAUGCAAAUAUUUAAUGGCCUUCAUACGCAAUAGGGCAAUACAAUUAUUGAUUGUUUUUUUUAAUUUAGCUGGCACAUGCAUGCCCAUAAUUUUGGUCAAGAUUGUAUACAUGCACAAUACCUAAUAUAAUACAUAAUAAUUAUACACAUAAUACAUAAGUAUUUCACUAACAGAACUUGAUUUGGUUACUAAUUUCUUCAUGUGAAAUGUACUUAAGUUUAUGUUUGGCUGGAUGCUCUCUGCUUGGAGUAUAGACUAACUCCUUAAAUCUUAGUAGCAGCUCCAAGGUGUGAAAAUUUCAACUUGUCACAUAGAAUCUAGAUCUAAUUGACAUUGUCCUAUUGGGGGUGCUGUACACAAUUUGGGCUGAGAACGAGGCUAAAUAGGGUAGCGGCAUGCGUUUGUGUGCAUGUUGCAUUGCAGUCCUUGACAAUCAUUAUAAUUCAUGCACUAGCUAUUGCUGUGUGUGCACUUUGAGGUUCAUAUGACUCACAUCAGGACAUAAUUAUACUGCUUGAGUGAAUUUGCAUGCUCAUGCACUAGCUCGUACGUAUUGUUUUUAGAGAUUACACUGAUCUAUAGGUGCCAUAAUUUAUAGAUCUAGGUGUUGAUCACUACACAUUUUCCCGAUACUAUUAUUGGUAAUGGAGACCACUCCCUUUUAGGAGGCUGAAAAAUCUCUGCUACCAUAUAUACAUAAAUUGACUCACUGCAUGCUUAGAAACUAUGUACAUGGCCUGGAAUCGAGGUUCAACCUCCUGUACGGUAAGUACUUUCAUAUCAAGUUCUACUUUGCGUCAACAAAGCAAUCCAUUUCCGUGUGAGUUAACACGCUAGCAGUGGCCUCAGCUACAUUUAUCUCUCAAGAGUGUCCCUACUCAAAAUCUUGUGGACCUUCAUCAAUGCUCUGCAUUCUGGGACUAUUACUGGAAACAACAAGAAGUUGUCAUUUCCCGAAAAUACUCCUUAAAUGUGAUGGAAAAUGUCAAAUUCAGUGACAAUGCUGAAAGCCACACUAUUUGUAUUCUGGCUUUAGACCCUCUAGCUGAGAUGUCUGCAGGAAAUUUGAGGCAAUGUGGUUGGAAAUUUCACCGAUGUGAGUGCCUGUGUGUACUUUUAACCUCUCCCUGUCUACCCACAUAUGCAGAAGAGAGUUAAACUUUCCAUUGUGCCCACUUCGAUUCUAAAGAGUUGACAAAGCUUCUGCAGACACAGUGUAUCAAAAUGAUGGCCUCCAGCUCGAGGAACAGUCCUGUCAUCAAUGAGUACUUCUAUGCUUAAAAUGUAUCAACCAAGCAUUUCUUUUUGGUUGAAAUCUGUAUUGCUGUGGAAACUUCAGUUUUGUCGUUCACUUUGAAGUGUCAAAACAACAAGGAAGCUACAUCAUUUGUGAAACUCUUCUUCCAGACUUUGGGAUCAUUCAGAAAUCAAUUGCCUAAGAUUCGGUGGAGAAGGUGCGAAGACCUGCCCACCUGUGUGAAAAACAUUAAGGGGGUUUUCUUUUUCUUUAAAGAAAACCUUUAUCUUGGUGGGGGUUACACAGGAAGUUCAAAAGCUGAUGCAGUCGUUUACAUGUAUAGCCCAAAGCUUGACAUGUGGAAACUUUUACCACCAGUCCACUCAAGUGGUUUUCUAUAGUGGACCUAAACUCUCACAUAGUUCUGGUAGGAGGUAAAGAGACUCUUACUCAGUCACUCUCGUUGGAGUUUACUAAUAAAGUGGCCUCGUGGGAUCAGGAAAUUUCACAAUGGAAGUUUUCACUUCCGCCAAUGCUUAACAGGCAUGUGUCGCCAAUUGUUAUAUCAUAUGACAGAAAUCUAAUUGUGGCAGGAGGUAACAAGGGUGUGCUAGAUUUUAAUAUCGAAGUCUUAAAUGCAAAAAACCAACAAUGGCAGAAUGUAUCACAAUUACCUUUAAGCUGUACUUCAUUGAACACUGUCUGGAAUGAACAUUGGUAUUUUUAUAGAGAGUGUGAUCACACAGUGAUUCGAAUAAGUCUGAGUAGUCUAACCGCUUGUGCUAAAGAACAAGAACAGAAAACAUUGGAAUAGAAUAUGGGACAGAUUCAGGCUACAACUUAAUGUUCUACUCUCUAGGCAGUCAUAAUAGCGAGCCUAUUAAAAAUGCAUUAACUACGAUUACAGAAUGGGAAAUCUACAGUCAUCUAUCAUUUACCCCAGUAUAAAUCUGUACCAUUCAAAAUUAUUUGGUUGCGAUCAGUAAUGAGUGCAGCCCAAAGAAAGAAAUUUCAGUAUUUGCAUACGUACCAGAAAGCAACAGCUGGACGAAUGUAGGUAGAAUGCCUGAAGAAUGUUCAACAUCGUCUUUCGUAUUGACUAACUCUGGAGACCUGUUCCUUGUUGGUGGAGAUUCAAAUUCUUCCACUGGUAGUCAAUACAGUAACAAACUGUUAAUGGUAACAAUUGUUGCGGAAAAUAAGUCACUGCGUUUGAAAUUCACUUAAGUCUUAUGCGUCAUCUUUCAGGUUACCUUUGUAUAUUUGUGCGCAAUAAUAUUAUAGCAACUUACUUUCUUAUUAAGUUACUUUCUUAUUAAGUUAACUAUUAUUGAAAAUUGUCUAGUUUUACUAUGUGUACAAUUGUAUAGAGGUGUCAAUACAAUUGUUAUGCAUUGAGGCGUAGCUGCAUGAGGGAUACGGUAAAGCUGAUUGUGUGUGUGUGUGUCUGUUCCAGCUGUAACUGCUCAACGGUUGCAAUGCGAUGAAAACUAACAACUUCUAUAGGAUUUCUCUUGGAUUUGAUUUGUGGAUUUGCAAACUAAGCUUCUUUUUGACUCACAGUGAAGGUUGUUGCAGAAUCAGCAUCAUCUGUUCACACAAACUUUCUAUUUAACGUAUGAGUUAGCUUUGCACUAAAGCGCUAGCUGUUUGUGAAACAAUAGUCAGGAAAGAGCUGCAAAGCUGCGUGCAUGUACACUCAGCAGCCCUUGUGAACUCUGACCUCAUUGCAGAUUCACCCCUUUUUAAUUUUUCAUUGCCUAAAAUACUUAUUAAAACUUCUACAUUGUUGAUCUACACGCCUCUAUCCUUUCAUCAAGCCACCAAGACUUUGUUUCCGUUAAGCUCAGCUCCUCUUCUGAUGACUUCGAAGGUUCAUUGUCAACAAUUGCAUAAUAAUUACAUAUACAAAGCAAACUAAUUACGUUUUGUAUAGCACUCUUGGGCACGAAAGCAAAACAUGGCGAUAAGCACAGCGCAGCUUGCACCACUCGUUCUACAGUAGUAAUUCUUUUAAGUAUAAUAUUAUGGCUAAUAAAAUAGCAAGUAAACCCGAAGUACCCUAGGCCUGCACUGCAUAUAGCAUUGCGUAAUUCACAUUCAUCAGCUUCCUUCCUUGUCAGUGUUUGCAUAGUAAGUGUUACUGCAUAGUAAGUGUUACUUCAGAAUAUUGAUAACCAGGGAAUUUUAAUGUCUAAUCAGACGGAAGGAAAUAAUUAAUGAGUCAUCAUUAACAGGUUUUUUUGCAGUGUUUUGACAGUUUAUGUUAAUUAAUGUCACCAGUGACACACUCCAAGCAUGUAGAUCUAGUGGGUGAAAGCAAACUUUUUAGUUCAAUUUCUGCGCGGAAAUUUUCCUGGAAUUCAUUGAGGUAAUCAGUAUUUUGACAGUUUAUGUUAAUUAAUGUCACCAGUGACACACUCCAAGCAUGUAGAUCUAGUGGGUGAAAGCAAACUUUUUAGUUCAAUUUCUGCGCGGAAAUUUUCCUGGAAUUCAUUGAGGUAAUCAGUUAUAGGGAAAGAUGUUGUGUGGGUACACGAUCAUAUGAUUGCAUGUAAGCUAUUUUAUACAGCAUUUAGGCUUGCAUUUGAGUAUAUAAACAGAACGUUCAGCUAAAGAAUUCCAAAAUAACUCAGCAAAUCAAUUAUCCGAAAUACAAGAAAUACAAGAAAUACAAGAUGUGUUAUCUGAUUUACCUGCUUGUGCUUUCCUCUAUAUACUGCAUACUGGGAUCACCAAUUGCACAAGACUGCAAUCGCGUCAUUGUCAAUGAAAGAGGCAGGCGGUCACUUGUCGGCGGUUAUAGAGAUCACAUUUCAGUAGGAUUGGGGAGGGAGUGCUUCAAGAGUAUCAGUGAUUUGCGUGUGGAUGAAAAUUCUGUGAGAUGUUUCAAAUGGAGACUGAGAACUAGCGGAAAUGUUCAACUCAACGAACGAGGAGAAGUACACACAAAAAAUCUCACUGUUUCUACUUGUAACUCGGUUACAUUCCGUUCUCCUGGAUUUUACAACAGUAACAAGAAGCAUUACUCAAACAACAUGUUUUGUGUAUACAAUAUUAGCAUGCAGGACUGCAACCAUAUCACUGUUAGAUCUACGUCUGAUGAACACAGCUUGUUUGACGACGGGAGAGAUUAUCUGUAUUUCGACUUUGGUCAGGUGACCACCACAGUGACUGGUGACAGUAUCGGUUCUUUCAGCGAGAGUGUCCCCACCUCUUCAUUCUAUGCAGUUCUGUGGAGUGAUGCUGAGAAAUUCACAAGUGCAGGAAAGUUUGAGUUUGAGGCUAUGUGCAAUGACCCUGUUGCAGAUACAGAGAAUAAAUCGAGUGGUUCAGGGUACCAACACAUUUGAACAUUUGACUCUCUUACUUUCAAGAUUUUCUUUACUGUUACAUCUAGUAAUCAAUUCAGUCAACAAAUUAAUGUUUUAUUGCCUCACCUGAUAAGAUAAUUAUUGUUCAAUCCAUGCUUAAUAUUCUGCAUGCAUAGACUUAUUAAAGGAAGUAAUUAAACUUUCAACAUGUACUUUUUUCAAUGAAGCAACCAUGCAUGAUGUCGAUGCAAAUAUUUAAUGGCCUUUAUACGCAAUAGGGCAAUAAAAUUAUUGAUUGUUUUUUUAAUUUAGCUGGCACAUGCAUGCCCGUAUGGCCAAGAUUGUAUAUAUACACAAUACCUAAUAAUUAUACACAUAAUUUGGUUACUAUUUUCUUCAUGUGAAAUGUACUUAAGCUUAUGUUUGGCUGGAUGCUCUCUGCUUGGAGUAUAGACUAACUCCUUAAAUUUUAGUUGAUUUUGCUAGCAGCUCCAAGGUGUGAAAAUUUCAAUUUCAUUAUUAUUGUCACAUAGAAUCUAGAUCUAAUUGACAUUGUCCUAUUGGGGGAGCUGUACACAAUUUGGGCUGAGAACAAGGCUAAAUAGGGUAGCGGCAUGCGUUUGUGUGCAUGUUGCAUUGCAGUCCUUGACAAUCAUUAUAGUUCAUGCACUAGCUAUUGCUGUGUGUGCACUUUGAGGUUCAUAUGACUCUCACGUCAGGACAUAAUUAUACUGCUGGAGUGAAUUUGCAUGCUCAUGCACUAGCUCGUACGUACUGAUCUAUAGGUGCCAUAAUUAUAGAUCUAGGUGUUGAUCACUACACAUUUUCCCGAUAAUAUUAUUGGUAACGGAGACCACUCCUUUUUAGGAGGCUGAAAAAUCUCUGCUACCACUUUGUUAUAUAUACAUAAAUUGACUCACUGCAUGCUUAGAAACUAUGUACAUGGCCUGGAAUUGAGGUUCAACCUCCUGUACGGUAAGGUGAGCAAUGGGAUACUUACAUGUCAUAUAGAGGGUAAUUUUCGUGGAGCAAAAUAUUCGUGAUUUUCGUGGUUGAAGGUCUGACCACGAAUAUUUUACCCACAAAUGAAGCAACCUUGCGUCUUUACCUGCAGUACUUUCAUAUCAAGUUCUACUUUGCGUCAACAAAGCAAUCCAUUGCUGUGUGAGUUCAACACGCUAGCAGUGACUAAUGGAGUGGCCUCAGCUACAUUUAUCUCUCAAGAGUGUCCCUACUCAAAAUCUUGUGGACCUUCAUCAAUGCUCUGCAUUCUGGGACUAUUACUGGAAACAACGUGAAGUUGUCAUUUCCUGAAAAUAAACUCCUUGAAUGUGAUGGAAAAUGUGACAAUGCUGAAAGCCACACUAUUUGUAUUCUGGCUUUUACUCUAGCUGAGAUGUCUGCAGGAAAUUUAAGGCAAUGUGGUUGGAAAUUUCACCGAUGUGAGUGCCUGUGUGUACUUUUAACCUCCAUCCCCAUCUACCCACAUAUGCAGAAGAGAGUUUAAUGUUGAACUUUCCAUUGUGCCCACUUCUAAAGAGUUGACAAAGCUUCUGCAGACACAGUGUAUCAAAACGAUGGCCUCCAGCUCGAGAAACAGUCCUGUCAUCAAUGAGUGCUUCUAUGCUCAAAAUGUGUACUUGCUAAAAGUUAACUCUUUGUCAAAUCAUAAGUAGGAUCUUACAAACGGUCUAUUUAGCGUAUCAACCAAGCAUUUCUUUUUGGUUGAAAUCUGUAUUGCUGUGGAAACUUCAGUUUGUUGUUCACUUUGAAGUGUCAAAACAACAAGGAAGCUACAUCAUUAAUUGUGAAACUCUUCUUUGGUGCAGUGACUACUCAUACAUCAAGUGUAAGAAGAUGGACUUAUACUGUCUGAUAUAUCUGCACUGCCGCAACCACCUCAGUCAUCCUCAAUGACCUCAUGUAUGCUUACAUGUACUAUAUUCGAGUUUGAGCAGCUAAGCCUUUACAUGUAUAUAGGUCUCUGUUACACUGAGAAGCUUUUGAAGGCGUGAUAUAUCCAAUACCAUAGCUAGUCAAAGUACAAUACCUAUAAUAAUUAUGAGCCUUUGAUAAUUUGAUUAACAAAUGAAUGAAAGCACUGCGGGUGCUGAUGCCUCAGUGGAUGUGUAAAAACUAUAUAACAUAGAGCUACUAUAGCUGUAUUAGCAAUAUUAUUGCUGAUACACACAGCACUGAUGAUGGAUUAAUUUUGCUGCAUGCAGGCUAAUCUGUAAUCGCAGGGAAACUGACCAUGAUUGUGAUGCUAAAAAUGAUGCCAAAAGUACAAAGUCUAAAAUUAAUGGCUGCUGCAUCAUGAUCAGUAGAGCUCUCUUCUCACUCUUGCAGCUACGAAUAGCUAGCUUUCUAGUGCAGAACUAACUACUAAGUAGAGUAUAGCAAACUCCACGGACAAGUUUUACUACGUUACUGCAUAGUAAGCGUUACUUCGGAAUAUUGAUAACCAGGGAAUUUUAAUGUCUAAUCAGACGGAAGGAAAUAAAUGAGUCAUCAUUAACAGGUUUUUUUGCAGUAUUUUGACAGUUUAUGUUAACUAAUGUCACCAGUGACACACUCAGUUUGAUGCAAGCACGUAGAUCUAGUGGGUGAAAGCAAACUUUUUAACUUUUUAAUUCAAUUUCCGCGUGGAAAUUUUCCUGGAAUUCAUUGGUAAUUCAGGUAAUCAGUUAAGGGGAAAGAUGUUGUGUGGGUACACGAUUAUAUACAUACAUGUAAGCUAUUUUAUACAGCAUCUAGGUUUGCAUUUGAGUAUAUAAACAGAAACAUUCAGCUAACAAAAUAACUCAGCAAAUCAAUUAUCCGAAAUACAAGAAAUACAAGAUAUACAAGAAACACAUUCACUGUUAAAAGUUCCCUUUCUCUUUUGCAGGAUCAGAAUAGAAUUCACUGUUUUAUUAAUGACCGGUGGACGUCAACUGGAAAUCGUACAAGAGUAUUGAGGAUUUCGUGACUGAAUCUUCCCACUCAAUUCGCUUCCUCUUGUUUUCUGGAUCCUGUCUUCUUGCCACUUUCCAUUUGCUGUUGUACUUCCCUUCCAUCCAGACAACUCCUACCUCUGAAUCUGAGAUCGAUCGAAGUUGAGCAAUCCAUGGCUCAAUGUUACUGCUUGGACAGCUUCUGACUGCCAGCAACUGAUCAAUCUUGAGACCUGCUAAAUCCUGCACCUCCCUAACGUCUGUCCGUGAUUGCUUUCGCAAAUAGAGCUUGAAGCUGGGUAUUCUGAGGCGCAUCACAGCUCAUAUCUGCUGAUCCUGAGGCUGGGAGUUGGGCCAGUUGACGAACUGUGUAAUAAUUAUUAGAAUAUAAGUGAUAUACGUAAUGUAAAGUAUAUUAUGGUGUUACGUAUAUAAUUCUGAUUGAAAUGAGAGUUUGCUCACC